AUGAGGGCAGUAUCGGUCAAAAAUGGCAAAGGAGAUGCAGAUGCUAUGUUCAUUGAUGCCAAUGUUCCUGAACCGAUUCUUGCAAACGAAUCCAUCCUGGUUCGAGUUGAAGCCUUUGGCUUAAACAGAAUGGAUAUUAUGCAGAGGGAAGACCGAUACCCCUACCCUCUGCUUCCUGAAUCGGGCAAAAUCAUGGGUGUUGAGUUCAGUGGGAUUGUUGAGAAGCGUGGCGAAGGGUGCACCGAGAGAUUCUCACCAGGAGACAAAGUCUUCGGAUUGGCAUAUGGUGGAGCCUAUGCCGAAAAAAUAGUCGUUUCAGAGAGGAUGCUGAUGCCAUUGCCUCCAAGUCUCUCAUUUAUAGAGGCAGCCGGUAUCCCCGAGACAUUCUUCACAGCCAUUCAGGCAAUAUUCCUCGUUGGAAAUCUUCAACGCGGCCAAACCGUCCUCAUCCAUGCAGGGGCGUCAGGAGUCGGCCAGUCUGCAAUCCAACUAGCCAGGCUAGGAGGGGCUUCAAAAAUCUUCACUACCGCAGGGAGCGACGAAAAGUGCAGUUUAUGCAAAUCUCUCGGUGCACACUUCGCAACGAAUUAUAAAUCCGGCGACGAUUUUGCUCAAGUCGUGGAGAAGGAAACCAAUGGCCGGGGUGUAGAUCUCAUUGUAGAUCUCGUGGGACGGAACUACCUCCACCAGAAUAUGAAGUCUGCGGCUAUGGACUCUCGAAUGGUGCUUGUGGCUGCUCUGAGUGGAAGCAAAGUCGAUGACUUUGAUCUUCGUGCUUUGCUCAACAAGCGGAUUUGGUUGAUGGCGACUACUUUGAGGACUCGUGAUGCUGUAUAUCAAGGUCAAGUCCGAGAUGUCUUUCUUGAGAAAGUCAUGCCGCACUUGGAGAACGGUGAGGUUCGGGUGACUGUGGAUCGGGCUUAUUCAUGGAUGAAUGUAUCGGACGCUCAUAAGCGAUUGGAAUCGAAUGUGAAUGCCGGUAAGAUCAUUUGUAGGGUUGAAUAG